AUGCUGAAGGCGUUCUACAAGGACAACCGCAUGGUCCCUCUGGGGCUCAUGCUGUUGACCAUCAUUAUUUUCAUCUACCAUUUCGAACUGGAUCGACAGGGUCCAACACUCCCUCUUGUUCCUGACUCCCUAGUCGCGGAGCCGCAAAAGGAUGCGGGUUCAACUACACGCACCACCACCACUAUCAAAGAACCCGAGAAGGACGCCGUGAAAAAGCCGGUGCAUUCUGCAGUGCCCUCGAAAACUCCAUCUGCGCCCUCAAAACACCAUAUCGGCCAUGCUCAGCAGCAGCAAACGCCUUCCAUCACCGGCGACGAUAUCGUCUUGGUGUUCAAAUCCGGCGCCUCGGCCUUUUGGAAACGCGUGCCCAUUCAUCUGGCCACCACGCUCUCCCCCGCUCGCAUCAGUCCCGACAACGUCCUGCUGUACUCGGAUCAAGCGGAAACCGUCGGUCCGUGGGAGUUUAUCGACGUGCUGGCCAAUUCGUCCGAGAAAGUCCGCCAGUCCCAGGAUUUCGUUCCGUAUCUCCAGCAACAGGACUUUGACGACCGUCAGAACUACGCCGAGUUGUCAAACGUGCCAGGCGAUUCGCCUGGGCUGUCAGGCGGAUGGAAGCUAGACCGGCUCAAAUGGCUCCCCAUGAUCAAGCACGCGGGAGAAGCCAAACCCAACGCGAAGUGGUACAUUUUCAACGAGGACGACUCUUUCGUCUUCCUCCGCAAUCUCGAGCGCCAUCUGGAGAAGUUCAACCACGAGGAGCCCUGGUAUCUGGGCAGUCUGGCCUGGAAUAACGGCAUCUACUUUGCGCACGGUGGCUCUGGGUUCGCGCUGUCUCGCGGCGCGUGGAUGAAGAGCUUUGGACAGGAUCCCAACAUUCUCGAGAAGUUCGAGUCUUACACGGUGCAGCAUAGCUUCGGAGACCAUAUUCUGGGACAUGUUCUCCAUGAAUAUGGCGUCGAGUUUGGUGAGACGCACGGCGACAGCCGAUUCACAUACGGAUUCAACCCCGAGGCACACUGGUCUACCUGGUACGAGCCGGCCAACUGGUGCAAGCCGGUCUACAGCUGGCAUCACACGCACGGCAGGGAUGUGGCCAGGUUCUACAAUCUCGAGCAGUCUUGGGAUUUUGAAAAGCGCGGUCCGAUCCGGUACCGUGACAUCUUCAAUGAAUUCGUGGCGCCGUAUCUUCGCGACCGAGUCGAAUGGUGGGAUAACUGGUCCUCCAAACAUGACAUCCGUUCGAACACGGCAGAGAAGGCCGAGGUUCCAGACACGGUCAAAUCCGCCGACACGUGGCGCAGCGCCUGGAAGUCCAUUGAUGCCUGUGAAGCUGCCUGCAAAUCCUGGGCGCAGUGUGUGCAGUGGAGUUACUACGAAGAUCGGUGCAAGAUGGACAGCAUGGCGCUGCUAGGCAGUGGGAUCCCGCCGGGCGAUUCCCGACGAGAGACAUCUCUGCCUUGGACCAGUGGCUGGCUGAAACGGCGAGUGGAAAACUGGGAGUGCCAGGAAUAG